AUGAUACUUGUGAUCAUGGAUGUGCAAAAGCUUAUGGAGUGUGUAAUUAGUAGCGUCUUUGUGCUUAAUGGGAUUCCGAAUCUUUGUGUAGGAACCACUGUGACCGAGCGAAAAGUCUCUGCAACCACCGAGCCUCUUCUUCUGAGAGCUGUUAAAGGUGAAGUUGUUGACAGACCUCCGGUUUGGCUAAUGAGGCAAGCUGGGAGUUAUCAAACCCUCUGUGAGAAAUAUCCUUCUUUCCGGGAUAGAUCGGAGAAUGCUGAUCUUGUGGUGGAGAUUUCUCUGCAACCGUGGAAGGUGUUUAAGCCAGAUGGGGUGAUUUUGUUCUCAGACAUCCUCACUCCUUUGUCUGGAAUGAACAUACCUUUCGACAUUGUUAAAGGAAAAGGUCCCAUCAUCUUCAACCCGCCGCAAUCAGCAGCUGAUGUCGAUCAAGUUAGAGAAUUCAUACCAGAGGAAUCUGUUCCAUACGUUGGAGAAGCACUCAAAAGAUUAAGAAAUGAGGUGGGAAACGAAGCUGCUGUUCUGGGUUUCGUUGGAGCUCCAUUUACUCUGUCUUCAUAUGUUAUCGAAGGUGGCUCAUCUAAGAACUUCACACAGAUAAAAAAAUUAGCCUUUUCACAACCCAAGGUUCUACAUGCUUUACUCGAGAAGUUCACAACCUCGAUGAUCACUUACAUACGCUACCAAGCGGAUAGUGGAGCUCAAGCAGUGCAAAUCUUUGAUUCUUGGGCUACGGAGCUUAGCCCUGUGGAUUUUGAGCAGUUUAGCCUACCUUACCUUAAACAGAUUGUGGAAGCUGUGAAACAAACUCACCCGAACCUACCUCUGAUACUGUACGCGAGUGGAUCAGGAGGUUUGCUGGAGAGACUGGCUCGGACCGGUGUGGAUGUGGUGAGCUUGGACUGGACUGUGGACAUGGCUGAAGGAAGGGACCGGCUAGGAAGAAACAUAGCGGUUCAAGGCAACGUGGACCCGGGAGUUCUAUUCGGAUCCAAAGAGUUUAUCACAAGCCGGAUUCUUGAUACUGUGAAGAAAGCUGGGAGAGAUAAACACAUUCUGAAUCUAGGGCAUGGUAUUAAAGUUGGAACCCCUGAAGAGAACGUUGCACACUUCUUUGAAGUUGCUCAAGGAAUUAGAUAUUAA